CUGUUCUUCCCUUCCAUUUCCUUCUUUCUUUUCUCUACAUUGUUACAUGUAUGUAUAUAUGAAUAUUAUUUGAAAACUGUUUGACCAUGCUGGCUAGCGAAAUAAGCUGGCCAAUAAUAAUUUAUGCUGGCUAAUAAAAAAAAAGCAGGUGAAGAAAACGUUAAAAAUAAAAAUUUAAAAGAAUAAAUAGACAAAACCUUUUAUUUAUUUUUUUUUGAAGAAAAGAAGGAUAAGGAUGAAAACUGUUUGACCAUGCUGGCUAGCAAAAUACAGAAACAUAGAUUAGCUGGGGUUGAAUAGUGUGUUACCUGCAAGCCUAUGCAUGCCAAAAGAGGACUGAUAGUGCUCUAAUGGUUAGGUAGAAGGAGGGGGUAUGUCCUGAGCAUGGUGGCAUGGUGGUGCAUAUUUUGAACAAAUUAAAGUUGAUUUAAAUUAAAGUUGAUCUUUUUUUUUCAAUUGGUUUGGCUCAUUUCUUGAAACCGAGGUGACAUUCUCAAAACACCAUGUGAAACACAGCUCAAGAGACUUUUUUUGGGCAUUUUGAGGGAACUGACAAUUUGUAUAAAACACACAUUUUGUUUUGAAGCAUACAUAAAGUGUAUGGAGGAGAUGUGAGCUUUCGCUGCUGAUCUGUGAUGUUGUGCUGCAUUAUACAGGUCAUUUUGCCAAAUGUACAUAUAGUUUGCAAAACAUCCAAUCUGUUUCAAGAAAUAUGCAAAAGUUUUUAAAAAAGAUGUGGAAGAAGUGGGUUCAAAAUGACAGUUUAGAAAAAGAAAACAAAUUAAUUGUGUUGAUCCACCUCAACCUCUUGCAAACCUUGCAGGGUGUAAGCAAAAGAAUGUAAGUUGCUCCUGAGUGUCUGUCCACCCCCCAGCUGCAUUGUUGUGCAGGGGACAUGCAUAAGGUUGCUAACACCUUAGCAAAUUUGCAUGCAGCCUUUUGUGCUGUGGGGGAUAAAUAGGAACAAAGAAGCAGAAACAAAAUGCAGAGAAAGUUCACCACUCAACAGGCAUUGGAACGGAUCCUGAGUAACACCAACCCUUGUGACUCAGAUGGAGAAGACAUAGUCCUUCAACCGGAUUCGGACUCUGAGCUGUCUUCAGAUGAGGAAACUCCUCCUCUACUAAAAAAGAGAGCUCGGUUGGCGAGUGAGCCGACAGAGACCGCAAAAGAUGGCACAGUGUGGCGUGAAGAACAAGUGGGGAAACGUCUCCAUUUCACCCCAAUAGAACCGUACCCUGCAGAUGGAGAGCCAAGAGCUAGUGUCCGGAGUCGCCUUCAGAGCUUCCUCUGUUUUAUCACUCUUGACAUGCUUUGUAGCAUUCAAGAAUGGACGACACAACAUGCACGUCACACGGAGCAGGUGGAUUGGUUCAUGGAUCUCCCAGAACUAAUGGCAUUUAUUUCAGUCAUUAUCUUGAGGGGGUGACCAAGGUUCCAUCACUACGUGACAGCUGGUCAGCAAGCCUUGCAAACCCAAGGAUCAUUGCAACUAUGGCCCGAAACCGCUUCCAAGACAUCAUGCAACACCUACGCUUUGAUGACAUGUUCACACGCAGUGAGUGAGCAGAGACCGAUAAGUUUGCUGCAGUCUCUGACUCGCUGCUGUUUUCUGCAAUACAGUGCAACAAAACCAGACAAGUUUGGUAUUAAGUUUUGGGUGGCUUGCGACUUGAAAUCAAAGUACAUCUGUAAUGUCCUCCCAUAUCUUGGCAAGGACCCCAGUCGUCCCAACGGGGAGAGACUGUCCGAGACUGUAGUGAUGAGGCUGAUGGAACCAUUCAUGGACAAGGGCAGAACUGUAACCACGGACAAUUUCUUUACAUCACUCUCACUUGCACAACGACUGCUUAGCCGGAAAAUCACUAUCCUCGGCGCAGUCAACAAGAGUCACUGGGAAAUUCCUCAAUCCGCUAGACAGAUGGACCGCACUGAAUUCACCACUCAGGUGUUUUCAACCACUGGUGCAACACUGACAGUGUAUGCACCCAAAUGGAAGAAGGUCGUCUACAUUCUCAGCAGCAUGCACAGUGUGGUUGAGACUGAGGAUACCACCAAAAGGAAGCCAAACACGGUCACACAAUACAACAACACAAAGUGCGGGGUGGAUGUAAUGGACCAAAUGCGGGAGUACAGCGUGCGUACAGGAACACGGAGAUGGCCAGUCGCCGUGUUCUACAACAUGAUUGACAUGGCAGCACUAAAUGCACAUGUGCUUUAUCAGGCAUGCACUGCGGUGCAGGAGAGACGGGUGGACUUCCUGGUUGAACUUGCAAAAGAGUUGGGUGACUCUCAUGUGAGUGAGAAGAAGGCACGCAAGGAGAAACUGCUUCGGCAACAACCUUCCACACCCAGCCCUGGCAAAAGGGCAAAGUGUCAGGUCAACCAUCGAUGCACGAACAAUUGUGAAACUGUGAGAUGUGUCGACUGCUACAAAUACACGUGUGGCAAAUGUACCAGGGACAUACCCUGGCAGUGCCAGAUAUGUUCUGACAGUGCAGACAGACUGCUGAGUGAGUGCUGAAAUGCUAGCCACACAAGGAAAUGCCACUCACACAUAUGCAGCCCCCCACUGCAGACUAUUGUAAAUAUGUGUGGAAUUGUUUUAUUCCUUGUAUUUUUUGUAUUAUUUUUAAUAACAAAAAAUAAAAAGCAUGGAAACAAAUAAGAGUUGUUCUUAAAUUUUUCACGCUGAAAUUUCAGUCCUCUUGACACAAAUGCUUCUGGUCAUUACUCACAGCUGUACCUUGCUGUAAAAUUUCUAAUUCUCUAUUUAAAAUAAAAAAAAAAUCAUUCUUUGUUUGCUUUUUUGCUCAAAUAAAA